GUAUUUAUAUUUUCGUUAUUGUGCAUUGGCCCUAACCCAUCCCUAACCCCAGAAACUAUUAUUAUUACCACAUUGUGUGAAAUAAUAUAACGCAAUUUUGUUAAAACAAAAAUCAUCACAAAAUCAUGUGAUUUUACUACUGUUAGAAUUGCAAAAAAUCCUUGUUUUUUUAGUGUUGACUAUAAAAUCUUAAAUUAAAAUUUUUAAAGCAGUAUAAAUAUUGUCGAACGAAUGAUUUUGAUACCGAUUGUGCCUCGAACAUUUGCAAAAAAAAGUUUUAUUUAUCGAACCUUUAAGACUUUUAAGAGUUUAGAAGGAUACAAAUUAAUGUCAGGAACGGAAGGUAGUCUGCUCCCUGCAGAACCUAAACAAUCUGCUGAAAUAAAAACUUUGGCAACUGAUAUAACGUUAAAAGUAAUUGGCAGUGGAGCACGUGGUGCUCCAGCUAGCGUUUGUCUUUUUACAAAUGAAAGUAGAUAUAUUUUUAAUUGUGGAGAAAGUACACAAAGAAUUAAUAACGAACAUAGAAGUAAAUUAUGCAAAUUAACAAAAAUUGGCAAUGUUUUCAUUACAACACCAAGUUGGAAGAAUCUCGGAGGACUUCCUGGAUUUCUCUUAUGCUUACAAUCAUAUGGUGUUUCAAAUGUAAAUAUUCAUGGACCUAUAGGCACAAUAGACAUUGUUGACGCUACCAGAAGAUUUGUAUAUCUCAAAAGAUUAACUGUUGUUGAAGCAAAUAUCAAUAAGCCUUUUGUUGACAAUGUAUUGACUGUGAAUUACGUUCUUUUAGAGCCAAAAAAAGUUGAAUGCGAUACUGAAAAUGUAAAAACUGAUGAUGUAAAAAUAGAGGAUAAUAUAGAUUAUUACGCUCAUGAAGUGAACAAAUCCAUAGUAAGAAAAUUAAAUAUGUACGGAGACAAUGUCAAAAAAGCUAAGAGGCAUUCGAAUUCCGUAACCGGACAAGUAAGAUCUUCUAUGUGUUACAUUGGUAAAAUUCAUCCACGUAUUGGGAGAUUGAAUUUACUUAAGUGUGUUGAAAAAGGUAUCAAACCGGGUCCAUUGUUAGGAAGUUUAAAGAAUGGAAAAGAUGUUGUCUUAGAGGAUGGUACUGUAGUAAAAAGUUCUGAUGUUGUGAACCCUGAUCAACCUGGACCUGUAUUUAUAGUGGUAGAUUGUCAAAAUGAAGAAUUACUAGAGAUCUUAAUAAAGAAUCCAGUUUUUAAAAAGCAUCAGUCGGGAACUGCCGAAUCGAAAGAAAUGAUUGCUUGUUGUGUUGUUCACUUCACACCAGAAUCAAUAUUAAAAGAUGAAAGGUAUCAGAAAUGGAUGGAAAAUUUUGGUUGGUCGACGCAGCAUAUGAUAAUCAAUGAAUCAAAUACGUGUUUAGGAACUGAAGCAAUUCAUAAGGUGCAACAUCAAAUGCAUUUGCUUCAUGAUAAAAUAUUUCCGUUUUGGAAUGAAGCAAAUAUACCUUGUGAAAUAAAGGCAACUUCGCAGAAUAAAGGAAUUGGUAUUGGCGAUAUUAUCUCUGAAGAGUCAAGUCAAAGUUCUAUUGUGACUACUGAUGAAUCUGCUUUGGUAUGUCGUGCAAAAUCACUUCAAUACUUUUCACUUUAUCCUAAAAGAGGUCUUAAUAAAUUAAUGGAAUUGAAACUUCAUCCUCAAGAAUAUUUGAAUGAAGUCUUUCAAAUGAAUGGAUAUUUAGAUGCUUUGGCAGAGGUUCAAACAGAUGUUAGUUUAAUGGAGAAGAAAUUGGGCGAAAUUCCAGAAUAUCCAAAACUUGUUGUAUUAGGAACAAGCUCGACUGCAAAUAAUAAAAUGAGAAACACAAGUGGUAUGCUUUUUAGGAUUAAUGAAGAUACAAGUAUUGUUUUAGACUGUGGAGAAGGAUCUAUACAUCAACUGUUUAGAAUUUAUGGAGAUGAAACGGAUAAUAUUCUUUCUACGAUUAAGGCAAUUUAUAUUUCACAUCUUCAUGCUGACCAUCAAUUAGGACUGAUUGGAAUUUUGCAAGAGAGGUUGCGCUCUAACAAAGAACCUGUUUAUCUUCUUGCUCCAGAAAGAAUACUUUCUUGGUUAUACUUUUUCGAUCUUAGAUACGAGAACAUUUCACAAUCAUAUACUUUGAUUUCAUUAUCCAAAUUACUAACAAAUGAGCAAACGAUAUCUUUAGAAAUUAAGGAAAAAAUGUAUGAAACUCUAAAUGUUAAGGACAUUAGAACAGUGUAUGUGGACCAUUGUGCUUUUUCAUAUGGCGUUGCUUUUACUCUUGCUAAUAAUCAGAAAAUAGUUUACAGCGGUGACACGAUGCCUUGUGAACGUCUUGUAAAAUUAGGUGAAAAUUGUGACUUAUUAAUUCAUGAAGCAACAUUUGGUGGUGAGAAUAUACAGCAUGCAAAAGAAAAACUUCAUUCAACUGUAUGUCAAGCGAUAGAAAUUGGUGAAAAAAUGAAUUCAAAAUUUACUUUAUUGACACACUUUAGUCAACGUUUCUCGAAAACAUUUUACAUGCCAGAAAUUGGCGAACGUUCAGAUUAUAGUAAAAUAGGCAUGGCUUUUGACAAUAUGCAUGUUAGAUUAGGUGAACUUCCUAUUCUUCCUCUAUUUUAUCCAUGUCUCAAAAUUAUGUGCUAUGAAGAAACACAGAUCAAAGAAGUAAACGGUAAGAAAGUUUUAGGAGCCCGAAAAUCACGAUUGGGUAAGAAAAUAAGUCAACUUGAAGCGAUGAAAUCUGUUAUUUUAUAAAUAUUGCAAUGAAUUAACUGAAUAAAUGACGACCUUUUUUUUAUGUGUAUAUGUACAUAUUUCUAUUUUUAAAAUAAAUAGCUUUGGUAAUGAAACAGAA